AUGUCAAUUGAGACCGACAUGCCUCCGGAUGCGAUAUCAAAAAAAUCCAUACUAGUCAAUUUCAUUUGUAGUAUCCUACUUCGCUCGGCUCCGGAUGCUGUCCCUAUCUGCGAGGCGAAAUAUAUACUCCCGAGAGACCCGACCUGCCCGUACCAUCCGUUGUCCAAGUUCACGAGGAAGGCGGCAGUUGCUGAUCUGAUUGAAACCGCACCCGUCUCAGAAGGUUCACGAGACUCCCUUCCCAACCAGGCUCCGGCUCCUCAGACAUGGGAACCAUGGGAGUUGGAUAUCCCCGGCAGGAUGGAGAGAUUCUUUGAUGAAGGGGAAGAGGAAGAGUCUGACGGCGACUCCAUGCCAGUGCGACAAAAUCCGCUGCUGAACAGGCAUCUUCUCUCUACACCGGUGCCGUCAGACGAGGUUUUCCUACCAUUUCUAUGUGUCUCUGAGCAGGAUAGUAUAUUCGAUCUUCUUUCUAGUGCCUUGUAUCAGCGGGUGGGGUGCGGAUUCAAGACGCCACUUGUGGGCCUGACGUAUCAUUAUGGGUCGCCUGCGGUACAGCUUCUUGUGGCUUGGCUCGAAGAUGAAGAUACAGAUACAUCCAAUGGGCGCUUGCCUGCUGUACACGUUGCAUGUGAAGGUUCUUCUGGGCUCGGAACGCCACACAGCCUUUUCAAUUUGUGUGACCCGCUGGAUGCCUUGAGGCUGGCAUCUCUUCUUAUUUGCCUUCCGAAGUGUGUGUCUAGCCUGCGUGAACUUGGUGCGGGAGACUCGAGUCAACUUAACGUUGAGCCGCUGCCCUGGCGAUCAGACUUUUACCCGAUAGAGGACGGCUGUGACAAUUCAAACGAUUAUGUAGCUAAGAUAGCUGUGUGGGCAAAAGGCGUGGCUGAUGCUAUCGAUCCUGUGGAAAGGUAA